AUGCCAUCCUACGGCUCCAUCCCUUCGCCAUCGCUCCGCAAAAUGGAAAACGGUCACAGCUAUGGCGGCAGUCGCCAGACAUUCUCCUUCGGCCGCAUCGUUGGCGACCCUUUCGCCUUGGCAACAAUCUCCAUUAGCAUGCUUGCCUGGAUCAUCGCCUUCAUUAGCUCCAUCAUAUCUGCUGUUCAUGGUGGCUUCCCUAACUUCGCCUGGUGGGCUCUGAGCUACAUGCUCCUUUGCGUUAUUGGCGUCACCGUAACGAUAGCGUCCGACUCAACGCAUACCUACCAUGUCGCCAUCGUUGGUUUCCUGGCUGCAGGACUGGUCUUCACCUCGUCAUCCGUCAAUUCUCUCGUCUACUCCUCCGUAGCCGCUUUCGAGGCCGCCGCCGCAGGCUUCAUUCUUCUUUCCAUGAUCGCGAUCAUCUGGAUCUUCUACUUCGGCUCCCAGCCGCAGGCCAGCCACCGCGCCUUUGUCGAUUCAUAUGCCCUCCACAAGGAAGCCCAGGGCUCGCGAAACUCCCGCCAAAUGUCCAACAACUACCGACCAGACACGUCCGUCACCGCGAACCCGCAGCCGCAGAUGUACACAUCCGCUCAACUGAACGGAUUCGAGACCUCCUCGCCUGUUUCGGGCUACCCAGGCGGACCUGUUGGGGGAAUGGACCAACGCAACUCCUCUCAACCCCGCUUUGGUGCCUCCAACAUGGGCAACACAUCGGAAGUGCAAACGCCAACACAUGACCCCGCCGCUGCUCAAGAUGCCGCCACGGAAUAUCCGUACCGAGCCAAGGCAAUCUACAGCUACGAAGCAAACCCAGAUGACGCCAACGAAAUAAGCUUCCAAAAGCAUGACAUUCUAGAAGUAUCAGACGUCAGCGGGCGGUGGUGGCAAGCGAAGAAGCCGAAUGGCGACACCGGUAUUGCCCCCAGCAAUUACCUGAUCCUACUAUAG